AUGAUUCCAUCGAUCUCAUCAACAGCACCGCUGCGACAAUGUCUAACGCUGAGACGAAUAUCGACAACGGCUCUCCAGAACAAAUGGAAACUAGUUGAAAAGACUGACGGCAAUACAACUACUGUGAAAGCCGUGAAAAUGGUCGACACCGAGCCGCCAAGAAAACCCGAGGAUCGAUGCGCGCUUUGCACUUGCAAUAUUCCAAUCAAAUUGGCCUACACAGAUGUUUUGGUACUCGAGCAAUUUAUGAGACCUGAUGGAACGGUUCUUCCACGGCAAUUAACAGGAAUUUGUAAGAGUCAGCAAUUGCGAUUGGAACGUUGUGUGAUGCAAGCGCAUUGGGCUGGUCUCUUCCCCGAUCGCACCAUUCCCGAAUUUGAUCGAGCCGGUUAUAAGCGCUUUUCCCGAUACUGGAGGGAUGACAUGUCGAUGUACUUUUUGACUGAGAAGAAAGAAACAGGCACCUGGUAUUAUUUGAAGAGAUACCCAUCAAAGGAUUCAAAAACUUGGAAAAGGCUUGAGCCCUCA